AUGGACCAGGCUGACCUAGGCAAGAAAGCACUGGCGGCAAGCAACUAUGAAGAGGCGAUCACAUACUACACAAAAGCCCUCGUCCAGUCACCCACAUCGCCCCUCUAUCUCAUCCAACGCUCCACCGCCUACCAACGCCACAAGAACUACCCUUCAGCCCUCGCAGAUGCCAACCGUGCAGUACUCGAGGCCCGUAAGCGAGCGAAGCGUGAACAGAUCAUCGAAGCGCAGUUCCGGCGAGGGGUGGCGUUGUACAGCCUUGAGAAGUAUGGGGAUGCGGAGUUCGUGCUCGGAGUGGUCAAGAGGAUGGAUGAGAAGUUCAAGGGCUUGGAGAUGUGGAUUAACAAGUGUAAGAUGACUUUGGCGAAGGAAGGGUUGGAGGAGAGCAAGAAGCAGUGUACGAUUGAGGAGGUACCUGAGGUGGAGGAGAGUGGGAAGGCCGGAGAGGUGAAGUUCGGUAUAGAGGCAAAGACGCAGACAGCUGCGAAUGGUGUGGCCAGUACGGAAGCUGCUACUACGCCUUCGCAGCCUCAACAGACGUCAGCCGACAAGAUCCGGCACGAUUGGUACCAGAACAAUCAGAACGUCUACUUUACAUUACUGGCCAAAGGAGUACCGAAGGACAAAGCCCAGAUUGACAUUACAGCUCGGUCACUAAGCAUCAGCUUCCCUCUUGCCACCGGCUCGUCCUACGACUACACGCUUGAGCCUCUCUUUGACGAUAUCGACCCAGAACAGUCUACUUCCCGUGUCUUAUCGACCAAAAUUGAGAUCACCUUGGUAAAGAAGACCCAAGGCUUGAAGUGGAGGGCCCUCGAAUCCGACACCCCAGUCGACGACAAGACAACCUCCACAUCCACAACAGACGCAACAGCCAAAGCAGCCGCCCUCAACGGACCCGUCUAUCCCACCUCCUCCAAGUCCGGCCCAAAGAACUGGGACAAAGUCACAGCCGACGCCACCGCCGCCCUGCACAACCCAGACGCCAAAGCCGGCUCGUUAGAAAACGACGACGAUUACGAAGGCGGAGACGAAGCGAAUCAUUUUUUUAAGAAGCUCUUCAAGGAUGCUAGUCCCGAGGUUAGGAGAGCGAUGACGAAGUCCUAUCAGGAGAGUAAUGGGACGGCUUUGAGUACGAAUUGGGAGGAGGUGUCGAAGGGUAAGGUGGAGACGAGUCCGCCGGAUGGAAUGGAGGCGAAGCAGUGGGGUUAA